AUGCCCCCUUCCAAGGGAGAAGAGCCAACUCAGGAUCACCGCCGUCCCAACUCCUGCAUCGGGUGGCAUUGCCUCAAUUCCGCUACGCACUUUGGAAUCAUCUUCUCCAUCGUCGUCACCGUUCUCUUCUUGUCGGUGGUGUGGAUGUAUUGCAUGGGCAGGGCGAGGAUCUUUCGCCAACAAACCGAGGCACAGAAUACUCCUGACCGACAACGAACAAACCCACGCCGUCACACGCCGGACACCAUGGCAAGGCCAGUGCCGCCUCCUAUUGUGCAGCAAGCGCCCCCUCCUGUCGUGCACCAAGUGCCCGUCUUCAACUAUGCAGUUCAUCAGCAAGCUCCGAUGUAUUUCUUCCCUGGACCCCAAAUCCCAACAACUGUGCCACUCGGCGUCACGAAUGCUCAUGUUCAGUUACCAGCUCCGAUCUUUCGACCGCAAGGGGCACCGUACGGCAAUCAUCCAGGUGGCAUGGCUUCUGGGCUUCCAAAAGCACAUGAAAGUCACCGGGAGCAAGCCCAGCCUGCGGAUAACGCAUAUCCUCCGCGCCAACCCACAUGGUGGCAACGAUUCUACAGGGCGUUUACUCUGCCUGUUGGAGACGCAUCUACUGUGACGAGCUCUUCGUCUCCAGAGCCUUCGGAAACUUCGCAAAUUGAAAAUGUCGAUGCCAAACCUCUGACUGCUUCUCCACGCUCCGAUGGCCAUAAAGUCCGAUUUGAUGAUGAGAGAGAGAGAAAAGAACUGCAACUGCCGAUCGAUGACGGAGAUGAUGUUUCAUCCAUGCUAUGCAACCUCAACACCUCCAGCGACUCUUUGUCAUCGAUUCGGAGCGAUGUUGCUACGGUUCACAGUGACGAUUUUGAGACGCCUCCUCGCCGCUAUUGA